AUGUUCUUCCUGUAUUCCGGGUCAAAAAUUUUGGGAGCACAGGCAAUUACUAAGAAUAUACGUAAAUUCUUGGGUACUGCAGUUGAGCCUAUUUUGAAGCCAGAAAUAAAGCGAAACUCGAUUUUCAUCAACAAUGAGUGGGUAGAAUCAUUUAGUGGAAAAACCUUCAACACUAUAAAUCCAGCAACUGGUAAAGUAAUAUGUCAAGUUUCGGAAGGUGAUAAGGUUGACAUAGAUAAAGCAGUUAAAGCAGCUCGUAAAGCCUUCGAAUUUGGUUCCGAGUGGCGUACCAUGGAUGCAUCACAUCGUGGUGUAUUACUACACAAACUGGCUGAUCUUAUUGAACGUGACAGAGUUUAUUUGGCUUCUUUGGAAACACUGGAUAAUGGGAAACCAUUUGCUGAUUCAUAUAAUAUUGAUCUAGAUUUAGUGAUCAAAUGCUACAGGUAUUAUGCUGGCUGGGCAGACAAAUAUCAUGGGAAAACUAUACCUGUCAAUGGAAACUAUAUGUGUUUCACUCUUCAUGAGCCAGCAUGGAAGCUCGGUCCAGCGUUAGCAAUGGGAAAUACAGUGGUAAUGAAGACGGCAGAACAAACCCCGUUGUCUGCAAAUUGGGUAGCUGAAUUAAUCAAAGAAGCCGGAUUCCCACCUGGUGUAGUGAACAUUGUUCCAGGAUUUGGUGAAACUGCUGGUAACGCCCUAGUCGUUCAUCCUGAUGUUGAUAAAAUUGCGUUUACUGGUUCAACAGCUGUAGGACAAUUGAUUGGUCAGAAUGCUUAUAAACAUGGUGUGAAACGAAUUACUUUAGAACUUGGCGGAAAGAGUCCUUUAAUUAUUUUCAGUGAUGGUGAUUUUGAUCGAGCCAUAGCUACGUCACAUUUUGAAUCAGUUUAUGAUAAAUUUGUUGAAUAUAGUAGUGAAGAGGCUAAAAAACGUGUAGUUGGUAAUCCUUUUGAUUUAAACACAACACAAGGUCCACAAGUUGAUGAACACCAAUAUCAAACAGUUAUGUCAUACAUUGAAUCUGGUAUAAAGGAAGGUGCCAAAUUAUGUGCCGGUGGCAAACGGUUUGAAUCAGAUGGUUAUUUCAUUCGUCCUACAGUUUUUGCUGAUGUUCAAGAUGAAAUGCGCAUUGCUCGUGAGGAAAUAUUUGGACCUGUAAUGCAAAUUAUGAAAUUUCGAUCAUUAGAUGAAUUGAUACAUAGAGCAAAUCAUACACAAUAUGGUCUUGCAGCUGGUAUAUUCACUAAUAAUUUAGAAAAAGCUAUGCAUGUUAUGCAACAUUUACAAGCUGGCACUGUUUGGAUCAAUUGUUAUGAUGUUUUCGAUGCUGCCGCACCUUUUGGAGGUUAUAAGUUUUCUGGAGUUGGUCGAGAACUAGGUGAAUAUGGUUUACGAAAUUAUACAGAAGUCAAAACUGUAACUACGCGGAUACUUCAAAAGAAUUCAUAA